ACGAUAGAGCUGCAACGACUCAGCGGAAAAUAGGUUUGUCGUUUGUGAAGUGGGGCUGAUCAACGUUCGCUGGACAUUUCUUUCGCGCUGCAAAACUACUAACUGCGAGUAGUGAGAUAUAUCGAUGCUGCACAGGAUCAACCAAUUUUACAUAGCCCGCAGUCGUGUGCAUUUUCAGUCUCCAUCUCGGGUAUCUGUGUAGGCUUGCCUCAUCUUUACUUAUUAUUUGCGCUAAAGCAAUGGCGUUGGAGCCGAACCUGGAGAGGCCUUGACUCAUUUUUGAAAAUGUGUUGGAAGAGACUGAACUGUCAGCUGUGAACGAGGCCGGAGGGCUCGGUUUUCUGCAGUUGAGGCGUUGUAGCUGGACGGGGAUCUACGCUAUUGCCAACCCGUUCGCCUUGUCGCUUAGGACUUCUCUGCGACGUUUGGAAGCGAGCAGCAGCUAUGGCGGAGACUAAAUUGGCAAAUUUCCUCAGUUCGCCAUUGAUGGCAUGGGUCAGGACAUACGAAGAUCGAUAUAGGUGUAACACCGUUGUAUUGCUGGCGGACGGCAUUCUGUUGAAUCACAUUAUGCAGCAAAUAUACCCGGACAGUUCUACAAGCAUGGUCAACACGGAGAUUAAUGGUGAUGCGAACCUUCGUGCUCAAAACCUCACCAUUUUGAUGCAGUCCAUUCGGCACUUUUUUGAGAAUUAUCUGCAACAGCUCAUAGUUAUGCAGCUUCCGGACAUCAUGGCCAUAGCCUAUGAGCCAGAAUCUGACUACAGCUUGGAUCAAUUGGAGAAAAUUCUCCUGCUCAUGCUGGGUUGUGGCGUGCAGUGCGAGGCCAAAGAAAAACUUAUAGAAAAUAUCAAGAAGAUGGACAGCAAUCUUCAAAGCAGUCUUGUGGUCCUCAUUCAAGAGAUCACGCACAACGCAGACAACGUGUACUCCAUGGACUUUGAAGGUCUAUCCACGUUACAGAAGAAGGAUCUGGAAGCGGAAUGCCAGAAUGCAUACAUCCGACUAAAACGCGUGACCAGAGAAAGAGAUAACUACUACGCGUCAUUCAGCGAGGCUGCACAAGAGAAGAACCACUUUCGCCGUGAACUGUUGGAGACCAAUGGCCGUCCACCGUCCAGUCCCCUUGGAGGAACUGUGUCCCGCACCAGCUUGAUUAGCGAUGCGACCGCUGUAGGCCUCAUCGCUAGUCAAACCGAAGUAGCGGAGCUCAGAACAAAACUCCGGGAUGUUACGGACCAGAUGGAUCUGAAGAGUUUAUCACUGACGGAGUCCCAUAAAGAGAUCAUCAUGCUACAGGAGAAGAUCACCAAAGUUCAACAAGAGAAACAAAGAAUGAUGGAAGAAGUCCAGUGGUCCCGGGAUCAUCAUGAUGAACUGGACUCGCUGCGUCUGAAAGCUAGGCGCAUUGAUCAGUUGGAGACUGACAACAGCAAGCUGCGGAGAAAGCAGGAAGACAUGGAGCAUGUCACCAAGCUGAUCAAGGAAGUGAAGAAUGAAAAGCGGCUGCUCGUCGAAGGGAACAAGUCAUUGGAGGCCGAAGUGGAGCGUCUAAACAGCCGGUUCUCUGCUCUUGACGAUGUUGAGAUGGAGAAUGCUCAGCUUCAACAGCAAGUGCGGGCAUUGACUGAGGCAAAGGAAAGUGACAUGGAGCAACUUCAAGUACUGAUGGAGCAGAAUGCCAGACUGGAGCUGAACGGCCAGCAAUAUCUUGAUCAGAUUGAAGAUCUGAGGCAAGAAUUGGACAACUUGAAGUUUGCCACGCCUGCUGGCUCAGUUACACCAUCCCUGGGAAAUGUCGAGUUCAAUCUGGCACAGGCUGCCCAGGAGAAGUCUGAUGCUGAACUACUCCAAAGUCGACUGGCAUCGCUGGAACGGGACAAUCGUGAAUUGGACCGUGCUGCGGCUGACUUGCGGGAAACGAAAGCACGCCUAUCAACCCUGGAGACGCAGAAUAAGACCAUGCAGUCACAGCGGUUUGGUGAACAGAAGGAACUUGCAAUUGCUCGUGAAGAACUGAAGCGUGAACGAGAGAAGGUCAAGGAGGCUGUUGAUGAGAAGAAGAAAUUCAGGGAAGAUCUUCAGCGGCAAUUUGCCCAACGAGAGCAUCAGGUGCAGGGGCAGCUUAUUGAGGAGAAGCGCAAGUACUUGGAGUUGGAACAGCGUGUUGAUGAUGUUGCCCAGCAGAAGUCAGAGGUUGCACAAGAUCGCAUUGCUAGCUUAGAAGCAAGAUUGGACUUGUCCGAGAAGGAGAAGUUGCAACUUAGAAAUGAUCUGACAAGCGCUUCUGAGGAGCUAGCCGUAGUGUCAGUGAAGCUGGUGACAGCUAACCAAGAAUUGCGCUCCACAUCCGAUAAGCUUGUCUCCACCAGUGAAGAAGUAGCUAUGGGUAACGAUCGCUUGCGCCUUGCUGACGACCAGCUCGAGGAAGAGAAGCACCGUGCCGAUCGACUUGAGAGGCAAAACGAAACAGAAAAGACCAAGGCUGAAAACCUGACAAAGCUUCUCCGAGAAGAGAGAGUACGGCGAGAGGGCCUGGAAAUUACUCAAAGCGAAACAGCCGAAAGAGUAAGUCGUUAUGAGCAGCGUCUCAACGAAGAACGUCAGCAUGUCCAGGGAUCCGAGGCUGAUCAAGAACAACUCAAACGGCGUGUUGAAACACUGGAGCAGAAAUUGGCUGAGGAGAGACGGAAAGCUGAAGUGCUCAGAGAAGAGAGGAAGGCAGAGGAGAUCAGGACUGCUGAGGUGGGUACAUCACCUGAAGUGCAGAAUGCCAGUGCGCUGACGAAUGGUGAAAUGACCGAAGUGGAUCAAAAUCCCCUGGCCAUGGCUCCCUCGCCGAUGUCUGAGCACAGUAGAAGUUUAGCAGUGCCAGUGAUGGCCCCGGCACCUGUUCGUGUGGAGCAGAGUAAUGCUUGUGUACAGACUACGUGUACCGAGUCCCGGGAGAUGGCUUGCCAGACAGAAGUUGAGUUAUGGUUGGAACAAGUAGUGGCAUUGGCUCAGGCAAGAGGAUUCCUCGGUGGACCAGAUGAAGAAGAAACAGUACCAGAGGACCAAGCAGAGACAGGAGAAGAUGAUGCAUCCGAGAACGCUGGAAAGCCAAUGCAGGCUGUCGCACCUGUGAAGAUGGGUGCAACGGCAACUCCCCAAACAACUCCCAUAACACCAUCGUUUGUGACAGCUGAACUUACCAAGUCAGCAUCGACCGUGAAGGCCACUAAAGUCAUCACGCCUCGUGCUGCAGCAUCGCUUCUUCUAUCUUCAUCGCCAGCUCUCACUCGUGCGGUAUCAUCACUCAUUGCAUCUCCGGGUUCAUCUCCAUUGCUGAGUCGCACUAUGAAAGGCGAUACCAUCACUUCCAAGUCAUCCACUGGUCUAGCUAUCGUGCCGGCCGUUGUUGGUGUUGUGGAGUCUAUUCGCGGUGUGAUGGAGACUGUUGGUACGCCCACCACUCAGCAGAGAACUACCGGCGGUACAUCGCGUCAAGAAGAAGCUGCAGAUGUCCAACAGACUCUGAACUUUUCUCGCGGUGAUUCGCCGACACUGGGAGGUUCUGAUGACCCGCUUUCUGUUAGCAGAGAGCAGUCAGCGUCCAAUCUGAAUGAGAGUGGUAGUUAUGAUCCAGAGGGUCUCCAAGCUGAGCUGAAAAGAAUGAAAACUGAAUACUCGGCCUUGGAGAGCCAACUGAACAGCAUAAAACGGCAAUACCAGGGGGAGCAAGCGGACCUGGAAAGUGAAAUCAGAAAUCUCAGACGUCAGCUUCAUGCUAGCAAAAUGCAGAUUUCUGAACUAAAUGAUGAACUUGGUCGUGUCAGGAAACAGCUGAGAACAGCACACCAGCAGAGUUCUAGUAUGGAGGAUGAGCUGAACCACAGUCGUCAUCAAGUGCAAAGUACUCGCCAGCAAUGGCAAGAAGCACGGCAGCAGCUUCAUGCCGCCGGUGCUCAGUUACAGGUUGCGCAGAUGACCAACCACCAGCUGGAGACGCACAGCUCUCAAAUCGAAGCUAACAAUGAGGCAUUGAGCAACCGGUGUGAUGCCCUGGAGCAAAUGAGCAGCAAUCUUAGUGAAGAGAUCAGAAAUCUGUAUGCUGAAGUCAAGAAGCUGCUGCUGGAGAACAGAGAGCUGAGGAUGAAGAAUGAUGAAGCUAAGGACAAGUUUAUUGAUGACGAGCGGGUUUUCUCGGAUCGUCUAGCAGAGCUGGAGAAUGAGCGUGGUCGACUGAAUGAGCAGCUGGACACUAUCAAGAAAACCAAGAAGAAGAAGUCAGCACUCAGUAAAGUGGCGCAUUUUGGAAAAAAGGCCAAGAAUCUCCUUGGGGGAGAGAAAGAUCGCCGUGGGCACACGAAGACCGAUGGUUACGAUUCCAGUUCAUCUGGAAGUGGUGCGGCCGGCAGUGUUCCCCAGUCGAUGAGCAUGCCGCGGUUUGUAGCGCGUGACCGUGCCGACACUCUACCCGUACCGCAUGCCAUGUCCGGCUCUGGAAGUCUGGAGUCGUUCGGUGGAAGUCUCGUACAGCUAGCCGGCGUACGCAAGGCGAGGAGUAUGGCCGGGUCGCUGAACGAUGCAGUCACCGUCGCCAGUGGACACAGCCAUGAGGACGAGGACGGUGCAUCACAACUGGAGCAGCUCAUGUCUGGACUAGCCAGAAUGGACAGUCCAAGCACCAGAGCAUCUAUUGCUACAUCAUCACCGGCCAGUCGUCAGCGCGGUGGUGGCGAAGUUGUCACACUUGAGGACUUCCUCAAGGAAACCGACAAGACACCUGUGUCUCGGCGGCGAAUGUUCAAUGAGGUGUUGGUAGACUCGCCGACCGAAUCCAGAAGGCUGUCUUCUAACGCACCAUUGAAUCCGUCAGCCUUGGCCGCAGGUGGCAUGAACCCGAGGAGAGAGGUGGCAGCUAUUGAUGCACCAGCAUUCCUCGAGUCUCUGAAGACGACGCCACUACGGCAGCAGUCAUCUGACAACUUCCGGCGCCAGAAACCAAUCCACCAAGGUCGAGCAACGCUGCGACAGGGCAGCGUGGAUUCCCGUGCCAGUUCUCAGAAUAGUAAUGACAUCGUGCCGGGAAUGGAGCGCAGCGCUAGUACAUCGGCUGGAUCACCAAGUGUGAAUGCAUCUCAGACACAUGUUCCUAAUUCACGUCGCUUCCCCAGGGCAUCCAGUGCUAGUUCCAUUGACAGUCACAACACAGCGCCCAGCCCUCUCACCACGUCGCACACUCAUGUCGGAGCUGCCAUGUCGGCAGGCACGCCACCGCUCAGCAGAAGCCGUGAUAGUCAAGGCAGCUUCCAUCAGCCCCUGACUCGCACCAAGGCACUGGCUGACGGCGCCAGUGUCGGCUCCAAUCCCCUGGACUCGUCUGGCUCGGUGAACCGCACUAGCACGCCGUCUAGCGGGGCUGCGUCCGCAUCUAGUCGCUGUACCGAGGAUGGUGAUGUAAUGACUGCAAUGGAUGCUAUCAUGACUGCAGGACCUACUGAGCCUACCUUCACGCUGGAGCCUCCCGAUGGCAGUGCAGCUCCCCUGGAUCCUUCUCCCACAAUAAUACAGGAACUGCAGCAGUCACCGACAAGGCUCAGUCCCGCUAAUCAGCGCCGUAGUGUGUCUGGCCGCUCGUCGCCUCAAACAAACGCUGAUCCUCCUCCAUCAGCUGCUGCUGCAUCCGCUGCGGCUGCUGCUGGUGCAAAGCCAGAAGACGGCGAAAACAAUGCUGAAAGCGCAAAAUGGUUUGAGUAUGGUUGUGUUUAAUUGUUGGGCCUCGUUUGAGAAUGCUGUGCCAGCUGCUGUCUGUCCUGUGAUGGUUCACGCCUCUACGUACACUAUACGAAUGCCCUUUCGCUAGACGCUUCUAUAACUUCAGAGAUGUUUUACCUUGCAUGCUUGUGUACCCCUUCACCUUGACAGAAUAGUCCCUGAAAUGAGUCAUUGUAUGGGAGGCAGUUCUCUAUAUCAUAUCACUUCCUUCCCUACCCCAACAAUUCGCAGCAAUCACGACGGUGAGCUGCAAAUAUCGUCUGGACACUAUUAUACCUGACUCGAAACCUCUAGCCGUGUGCGGGGGCAUGUGAGCCUCCACUCCAAGUUUGUCACUGCAUGUACAGCAACACAUACCUCCCUUACUGCUGACUCUGAUAUUGUGUUAUUGUUGUACUGAGCAGCACACACAGUGCUCGGCUCUGCCGUUACCCUGUUGAGGUGAUUAUUUCUAUUCUUUUGUAAAUCCGCUUAUGUGUACAGCUUUUUUUGGACAGGUUUUGUAUACACCUUUAGCUCUAUUUUCCCUCUUGUUUAGAUACCGACCCCGCUCUGGCGACCCUCUAGCGUCGUUGUGUUACUGAAGUAGCUGUUCUCGCGUUGUCCUCAGUGGUAGCUGUGUGUAUUUACUAUUGCCUUGGCUAUAUAAUUAUUACAUGUACAUAUAUGCAUAACCAGC